AUGGGCUCGACCGACAACGUGAACGGGGCCUCGACGGCCCUGCGCUACAUACCGCUCUCCUACAGCCCCGCCGACUCCCAGGCCUCCGCCUUGCGCUUGAUUUUGACCCUCUUCCCUCACUGGGAGGGCCCAGGCAAUAAGAUCGAGUUCGUGCGAUUCACCGACGGCAUUACCAACACGCUCCUGAAAAUCAUCAAUCGCAAGCCUGGCUUGACGGAUGAGCAGAUAGACCAUGAUGCGGUACUGAUGCGCGCGUACGGAAAUGGCACAGAGAUCCUUAUAGACCGUGAAAGAGAAACCACAUCCCACGCCCUCCUCGCCAGCCGCGGCCUCGCCCCUCCCCUCCUCGCGCGGUUCAAAAACGGCCUCCUUUACCGCUUCAUCCGCGGCAGGCCCUGCGGCCACGAAGAUCUGGUGACCCCUCCCAUCUUCCGCGGUGUGGCGCGCAAGCUCGCACAGUGGCAUGCCGUACUUCCCAACAACGGUGCCGGUUCUGCGCCUACGAACGGAGUUGCGGACAAGCACGAUCUUGAUUUCACGCCAAUCCAACCGCGCCGUGCAGGCCCCUCCAUGUGGGCAGUCCUCCAGCGGUGGAUCGCCGCCCUACCGAUAACCACGCCCGAGCAGCGGUCUCGGCGGUUGAGCCUGCAGAAGGAACUUCAGUGGGUUGUGGGCCAGCUCGACGAUGGCGUGGGCAUUGGUGAAGACGGCCUUGUUUUCUCGCACUGUGAUCUCCUGUGCGCCAAUGUGAUCGUCCUGCCCGAUGACGAGGGCGUGCAGAAUGCCGACGAUGACGUCGCCCCGGUCAACUUCAUCGAUUACGAGUACGCGGUUCCCGCCCCGGCAGCCUUCGACAUUGCCAACCACCUGGCCGAGUGGAUCGGCUACGACUGCGACUACAAGAUGAUCCCCACCCGCUCGGUCCGUCGCCAAUUUCUCACCGAGUAUACCAAGAGCUACUGCCAGCACCGCGGACUCGGCGCCUCAUCGGAGGCCGAGAUUGUCGACCGCUUAUACCAGGACGUGGACCGCUUCCGCGGCUUUCCUGGGCUCUAUUGGGGCGUGUGGGCUCUGAUCCAGGCCCAGAUUUCCCAGAUUGACUUCGACUAUGCCAACUACGCUGAGCUGCGACUUGGCGAAUACUGGGCGUGGAAACGUGAGGUUGACGGCAGCCGGAAGCAAGCCGGCGAAGAACUGCCCCUCCGCGAGCAGCGGUGGGCGCAGGAGGCAUGA